GAGGGCCGGCGGCGAGGAAAGCGGCGGGAAGGUAUUGCUGGGGGUCGCCCGAGGCACAAAGGCAGGCGGCCGGCCGGCGGGAGGGCGAGAGCAGGCCUUCCCCUGCCCGCGGCGCGGAGGAACUUGUGGAGGAACCGGGCGCUGUAGGUGAAAGAAGCGGAUCGAGCGGCGCCCGGGGGGAGUGGUCAGCCGGGGAGCCGGGCAGCGGGACCCCGCUCCGGAGCGGGAAGGCUUGGCGGGGACGGGCGCGGGCUAGCCCCGCUCGGCUUCCAGCGGGGCAGCCCGGCUGGCGGAGAGGCGGAAGGGCGCCCUGCCCGGUGCUGGGGCGUUGGAGAGGGGGCGCGCGCCUUGUCUUUCGGGGCCCCCGGCCGUGCUGAGGAAGGGGGUGGGGAAUGGCUGGCAGAAGCCGCCGCUCCUGGCUCAGCGUCUUGCUCGGUCUGGUGCUGGGCUUCACCCUGGCUUCCCGGCUCAUCCUGCCCCGCGCCUCGGAGCUGAAGAACGUGGGACACCGGCGCCGGGCCAGCCUGGAGGGCUGCAAGCGGAGAGGGAGCGGCGGGCUGCUGCUGCCCAGCCGGGACUCCCGCGGGGCCCUGCUCUGGCACCAGGACCCUGCCCAGCCUCGGAGCGAGACCUCGCCGGCCAAGAACUUCCUCUUCGUCGGGGUCAUGACGGCGCAGAAAUACCUGGAGACCCGAGCCGUGGCAGCGUACAGAACAUGGUCCAGCACAAUACCUGGGAAGGUGGAAUUCUUUUCCAGUGAGGGCUCAGAUACUUCUCUUCCAAUCCCCAUUGUGCCACUCCCUGGAGUAGAUGACUCUUACCCACCACAGAAGAAAUCAUUUAUGAUGCUCAAGUACAUGCAUGACCACUAUUUGGACAAAUACGAAUGGUUCAUGCGAGCCGAUGAUGAUGUUUAUGUUAAAGGAGACAGGUUGGAGAACUUCCUGCGGAGUUUGAAUAGCAGCGAGCCCCUGUUCCUUGGGCAGACAGGACUAGGUACAACCGAAGAAAUGGGGAAACUGGCCCUGGAGCCUGGAGAAAACUUCUGCAUGGGGGGUCCAGGAGUAAUCAUGAGCCGAGAAGUGCUUCGGAGAAUGGUCCCUCACAUUGGGGAAUGCCUUCGAGAAAUGUAUACCACCCAUGAGGACGUGGAGAUCGGCAGAUGCGUACGAAGAUUUGCAGGAGUGCAGUGUGUGUGGUCUUAUGAGAUGCAGCAGCUCUUUUACGAAAACUAUGAGCAGAACAAAAAAGGUUACAUCAGAGAUCUCCACAAUAGCAAGAUCCACCGUGCCAUCACUUUGCACCCCAACAAAAGCCCACCUUACCAGUACCGGCUUCACAGCUACUUGCUGAGUCGUAAAAUAGCAGAGCUGCGAUACCGGACCAUUCAGCUGCACCGAGAGAUUGUCCUCAUGAGCAAAUACAGCAAUAUGGAAGUCCAUCGAGAUGACCUUCAGCUGGGAAUUGCCCCUUCCUUCAUGCGAUUCCAGCCACACCAGCGUGAGGAGGUUUUGGAAUGGGAAUUCUUGACUGGAGAGUAUCUGUAUUCCACAGCAGAUGGACAGCCACCUCGCCGAGGCAUGGACUCCUCCCAGCGUCAGGCCUUGGAUGACGUUGUGAUGCAAGUCAUGGAAAUGAUCAAUGCAAAUGCCAAGACUAGGGGGCGGAUCAUCGACUUUAAGGAGAUACAGUAUGGCUAUCGAAGAGUUAGUCCCAUGUAUGGCGCUGAGUAUGUCCUUGACUUGCUACUUUUGUACAAGAAGCACAAGGGUAAGAAAAUGACUGUCCCUGUUCGGCGACACGCAUACCUGCAACAGACCUUCAGCAAAGUCCAGUUUAUGGAACAUGAUGAAAUGGAUGCCAAAGACCUGGCCAGUAAAAUCAACCAGGAUUCAGGAUCCUUGUCCUUUCUCUCUAAUUCACUUAAGAUGUUCGUCCCAUUCCAGCUAAGCAAGUCAAAAUCCGAGAAGACAGAACCCAAAGACCAAAAAAUCAACAUCUUAAUUCCUCUUUCUGGACGCUUUGAUAUGUUUGUGCGCUUCAUGGCCAACUUUGAAAAGACUUGCCUUAUUCCUAACCAGAAUGUCAAAUUGGUUGUUUUGCUAUUCAACUCCAACUCGAAUCCUGAUAAGGCAAGGCAGGUGGAAUUGAUGAGAGACUAUCGUAUAAAAUACCCCAAGGCAGACAUGCAGAUUUUGCCUGUUUCUGGAGACUUUUCCCGAGCUCUGGCACUCGAAGUAGGGUCCUCUCAGUUUAACAAUAGGUCUCUGCUCUUCUUUUGUGACGUUGACUUGGUUUUCACAGCAGAGUUCCUACAACGAUGCAGAGCCAACACAAUUUUAGGGCAACAGAUUUAUUUUCCAAUCAUCUUCAGCCAGUAUGAUCCAAAGAUUGUCUAUAGUGGGAAAAUUCCAAGCGAGAAUCACUUUGCUUUCACACAGAAAACUGGUUUCUGGAGGAACUACGGUUUUGGAAUUGCCUGCAUUUACAAGGAGGACCUAAUUCGGGCAGGGGGGUUUGAUGUUUCUAUCCAAGGCUGGGGUCUUGAGGAUGUGGACUUGUUCAACAAGGUGAUUCAGGCUGGUCUCAAGACGUUCCGGAGUCAAGAGAUUGGCGUAGUCCAUGUGCAUCACCCUGUCUUUUGUGACCCUAACCUUGAUCCAAAACAAUAUAAAAUGUGCUUGGGGUCCAAAGCAUCAACGUAUGGUUCUACACAGCAGCUAGCUGAACUGUGGCUUCAAAAACAUGAGCCAAGUUUUGGAAAGAACACAGUUGCUAAUGGUUCCCUGAGGACAGCUUAAUAUCUCGGGAGAGGGGAGGAAAAAAAAAAGACACUGUAUUGCAUUUUUUAAAAUUGCCCUAAUUUAUUUUCUGUUUUGGGGAAAAUGUUUUGAUAGUUGAUUUUUUAAAAUGACCGCACAAGGGUAUAUUUUAGAAAUCAUCAUUUUCUUACAAGGACCUUUCCAGUUUUUUUUUCUGAACAAAACUGUGACCAACCUUUGUCUUUUGGGGGGAAAAAAAAAACUGGGGCUAAAUAUUAUGACUUGCCUGGUUCUGACAACUUGAAAUAAGUAUCUUUUUUUGUUUUCCUUUUUUGGCUGAUAAACGGACCAAAAAGAAAUAAAUAGAGGAGGAGAAAGCUCAGCAAUUCUACACAUGGUACUUUCAUUGCUCAUUUAAUUGCCUGGGCUGUUCCAGUGGCAGUUAAAUGCAAGGUGGCAUAAAUGAUUCACUUAUUUUCCCCCAAUCUGCAGGAGUGUGUGUGUGUGUGUAUGUGUGUAUCCCCCAUGCUGACUAAUAUGCCUUCAAGAAUGUUUCAUUUGGUUGCCUGUUUCAGCCUUAAAAUGUCUUUUUGCUCAAAAUGUUUUCAAGCAACCAAAACAGAUGUGGAAAAUGAGCACAGCAUUAAUUAUAUACACUGUUGUCUAAAAAAAAGAGGAAAAAAGUACAUCCUUUCUUGCCCAGGUCUAGAUCUGACGUUUAAAAAAUCCGUAUCAGGUUCUAAGUUCUAAACAUAAUUUUUGUAUAAAUCCAUCUUGAUGACAAAGAACAAAGCUUCAGUUAAUAGAGAAGAAUGGCAAUUCUAUGCCAAAAAAAGCAGCAAAUGUAAAUCCGAAACACUCCAAAUUAAAUGUGUUGGGAAAAUAUUUACUGUAUUUCCCCCAGCAGUUAACAGUAUUUUGAUUGGGAACAAUUUACUACAUUUCCUUUGCUUAGUUUUUUGCUUUCUGUAUUGUGUGUAGGGUUUUAAUUUAUUUAAUAUCCUUUGUUUUUAGGUUCCUGUCUUUUUAUUUUUAAUAACUAUUAGUCAUUAAUAUUUAUGUAUCCUAGAAAUGUAUUGCCUUUUCUUACUGUUUCAGGUAGCUUACAACUUCUUACUUUGCAGUAAACCAUUCUCCAAAGAUU